UUAAACGGCUAAGUGAAAGCGGUGGCGCUGUGUUAACAGUCGUGGUAAUUCUAGAGACUUGAAUAUGUGGAUUUGUUGAUGUUAGUUGUGUUUAACAGACUGUUAUGCAGUCACUGAAAUGUUCACUACGGAAUUGGACUGAUGACUGUAGUUUCCGCCAUGAUUUUGCCGGUUUUUGUCAGUUAGCGCUGCUAAGCUAAGCUAACUCGUUGCUAACGUAGCUCCAGCAGUAGGAGCUCGUGUGAUGACUUCAGGACGCAGCUUUUCCAAACUCUUCUACACACACCAGUUUACACCGUAUAGUUAUAAAGAGCUGAGCUAUUCCAGGAGAGGAGACCAUGACCCUCGCUCCUAAAGAACUGUCCAACCUGCUGAGCAUCAUAUCGGAGGAGGCUUGCACCAACACCUUCGAGAGCCUCUCCACCCACUUCCAUCACUACUUUGGGAAAGCGGAGCACUUCAAGGUGGGCUCGGUGUUGGUCAUGCUCCUCCAGCAGCCGGACCUGUUGCCCAGCUCCUCACAGCGGCUCACUGCCCUCUACCUGCUCUGGGAGAUGUACCGUACCGAGCCGUUGGCCGCUAACCCGUUCGCAGCCGUGUUCGCCCACCUGCUGAACCCCUCACCUGCCGGGGAGGAGCAGGAGAAGGUGCUCUCCGGUUUCCUGCCUCCCAUCACCCAGCCCGAGAAGUUCUUCCUGUCCCAGCUGAUGUUGGCUCCACCCAGGGAUCUCUUCAAGAAGACACCCAGACAGGUGUCCUGCAUGGAUGUCGGCAACAUGCCCCAGUCCAUAGACAUCAGUGGGCUGCAGCUAGCCUUAGCAGAGCGUCAGUCAGAGCUGCCCACUCAGAGCAAGGCCAGCUUCCCCAGCAUCCUGAACGACCCAGAUCCAGACUCAUCAAACUCAGGAUUCGACAGCUCAGUGGCCAAUCAGAUUAUAGAGUCUCUGGUCACAGGCCCCCGCCCUCCACUGGAGAGUCACUUCCGCCCUGAAUUCAUCCGGCCGCCACCUCCUCUGCACGUGUGCGAGGACGAGCUGGCAUGGCUGAACCCCACCGAGCCGGAUCACAGCAUCCAGUGGGACCGCUCCAUGUGUGUGAAGAACAGCACCGGCGUGGAGAUCAAACGCAUCAUGUCCAAAGCCUUCAAGAGCCCACUGUCUGCCCAGCAGCAGUCACAGCUGCUGGCUGAGCUGGAGAAGGACCCAAAGCUGGUUUAUCACAUCGGUCUGUCCCCAGCCAAGCUGCCUGACCUGGUAGAGAACAACCCGCUGGUGGCCAUCGAGAUGCUGCUGAAGCUGAUGCAGAGCAGCCAGAUCACAGAGUAUUUCUCUGUGCUGGUUAACAUGGACAUGUCACUGCACUCCAUGGAGGUCGUCAACAGGUUGACCACAGCUGUGGAUUUGCCUCCAGAGUUCAUCCACCUCUACAUAUCCAACUGUAUCUCCACCUGUGAGCAAAUCAAAGACAAAUACAUGCAGAAUCGUCUGGUGCGUCUGGUCUGCGUCUUCCUCCAGUCGCUGAUCCGGAACAAAAUCAUUAAUGUGCAGGACCUCUUCAUCGAGGUUCAGGCCUUCUGCAUCGAGUUCAGCCGCAUCCGCGAGGCAGCCGGCCUCUUCCGCCUCCUCAAGACCCUGGACACCGGAGAAAACCCCACCGAGGCCAAACCAGCCAAAUAAUGAGCCCUCACAGAGACACUGCACAGACUGUAGAAGUGGCCCGAGUUGCUAAAAUAAUGCCAACCUCCCUUACUAACUUUAAAACAUGCUGAAGGCUCGUGAUUCAGUUUACCAGAAACAUUCUUUAUGUCUUUGUACAGCAAAGGAGCCAAAACUGAUGCAGCUGGCUCAAAUGACAGUUAAUAUUGUAAAUAUGUAGUGAAGUUUUCUUCAGGCUCUGCAGUCCAAUCCUGCUUCUGAACUGUCACCAUGUCCCCUCUCUAUUUUCUUGAAAUAAAAUUAAAAAAAACAACACAAUUCAGGAUUUCAUUUUUUUACCAAUGCACUCUCUCAACUUUGGAAAUGGAAGCUCGCAAGUUUUCUUUCAUUAAACAGAUUGUUAAAUGGAAUCUUUCAGGUUGUUUGUGCUUUCAUUAUUUUGUCCAUCUCCUGUAUGUAACAAACACUGCUGCAUGUCACAUCUUUCACUGCUGCUCCUGCCUAGUGACUGUGAAUGCAGCUCAGUAUUGAUACGUCCUCAGAGAACCC